AUGAGUACCAUUUUUCGUUGGAACUUGGUUAGAGUGAUUCUUUUCUGGACCUUGGCAGAUGCGCAGGCUGAUUCAGAUGGAGGUAUCACUGCCCAAGAGCAAAUGCUCAGACUUUAUAAUGCCAUGCUCCACUGCCUCCAGAAUAUCUCUUCCCAUGACCCCUCAGAUAACACGUGUCCGCCAGGUUGGGAUGGUUUAAUUUGUUGGCCACAGGGUUAUCCUGGAGCUACAACUAAGGUGUCUUGCCCCAGCUAUGUAUAUGACUUCAACCACAAAGGCCAUGCUUAUAGGAAAUGUGACGUGAAUGGAUCCUGGGUUUUUGUGGAAAGCUUAAAUAGGACCUGGGCAAACUAUUCUGAGUGUAUACGCUACCUGCAGCCAGAUAUUCAAGGAGGGAAACAGGACUUUUUUGAGCGACUGUACAUCAUGUACACUGUGGGGUAUGCUGUGUCCUUCAGCUCCCUCCUCGUGGCCAUCUUCAUUAUUGGUUACUUCAGGCGUCUCCACUGUACCAGGAACUACAUUCAUAUGCACCUCUUUGUGUCUUUCAUGCUGCGAGCAGUCAGCAUCUUCGUUAAGGACAGAGUAGUGCACACAAGUGUGGGGCUACAAGAGUUUGAUGCUGUGCUUAUGGACAACUUUACCACAGUGACAGUCGCACCACUGGAUACCUCUCAGUAUAUAGGAUGUAAGGUGACUGUUUUGCUGUUCAUUUAUUUCCUGGCAACAAACUACUACUGGAUCCUGGUUGAGGGCUUGUACCUCCACAGUCUUAUCUUCAUGGCAUUCCUCUCUGACAGCAAGUACCUGUGGGGCUUCACAUUGAUAGGAUGGGGUGUCCCUGCUCUCUUUGUGGCAGCUUGGGCAGUUGUCAGGGCAACACUGGCAGAUGCAAGAUGUUGGGAGUUAAGUGCAGGCAACAUAAAAUGGAUAUACCAGGUUCCCAUUCUGACAGCUAUAGGGCUGAACUUCAUCCUGUUUGUGAACAUUGUGCGAGUGCUUGCAACAAAGAUCCGUGAGACAAACGCAGGAAGAUAUGACACCAGGAAACAGUACAGGAAGCUGGCCAAGUCCACACUAGUGCUGGUGCUUGUGUUUGGAGUUCACUACAUUGUGUUUGUUGGGAUGCCUCACACUUUCAAAGGACUUGGUUGGGAAGUAAGGAUGUACUGUGAACUCUUCUUCAACUCCUUCCAGGGCUUCUUUGUGUCUAUCAUCUACUGCUAUUGCAAUGGAGAAGUCCAGACUGAGAUUAAAAAGACAUGGACACGUUGGCAUAUGGCCUUCGACUGGAAGGGCCCAGUUGUGUGUGGCAGCUACCGCUACGGUUCUGUGCUUACUGGUCUCAAUAACAGUACAAGCAGUCAGUCUCAGCUAGCUGCCAGCGGACCAGCCACACGCUCCACCACUCUCUUCUCCAGCCGUGUUUACCGGAGUUCUGGUGGCCCGGCCUUCAGUGCCCAUGCAACCCUGCCUGGAUACGUGCUGAGUAACUCAGAUGCUGACAGCCUGCCACCUUCCAUCCCAGAGGAACCAGAGGACAGCGCCAAGCAGGUGGAUGACAUCCUUUUAAAGGAGUCCCUGCCUGCACUGGCCAGCAGUGGCCCAGAGGAUGAUGAAGAGACAUUGUAA